UGUACUAUAUUUUAGAUCCAAAAUCUGGCAAAAAUCCCUUGGUAUGGUAUAUCACGAAAAAUUAUCUGCCCAUAUACGACUUUGUGAUAAGCAUUUUGAAAAAAAAUGUUUCAAACCUUUUACAAUAUCACCAUUAGUCCUCCAUCGAGAUGCAAUACCAACUCUUUUCCCUGCAGCACACCAUCAGGUUGCAGGUGAUACUCCAACUCCAUCAAUAUCUACUGAAUUUUCACCUCCCAUAACUGUUUCUUCUACUUCAACUUCUAUGUAUGAAUUAAUGGCCGAUACAGUUGAAGGAACAUCUAAACAAACAUUUAUUUCUGACACCUUGGAAGAUCAUGACGCUAUACGGAAGACUUUAAUAAAACCCUCCCUUUUUAAGGGAGUACAAAGAACAAAUUCAACUGAAGAGAAAAGAUUAACUUCUAUUAUAAAAAAGAAGGACAGAUAUUUAAGAAAACUGAAGAAAAAGUGUCGAGAAAGAGGUUGCAGGAUAAAAGAUUUGAGUACUAAUAUCCAGAAAUUUAUAGAAGUUAAUCAUAUUUUCAAAGGUAUGUCCCCUCCAGCGGCGCAAUUUAUGAUUUCGCAGAUAAGAUGCAGCGGAAGACCUCCACACGGCAGAACUUGGACACUGGAUGACAAAGUUUUUGCAUUAGCCAUCUAUAAGCGGAAAGGUUCCAUUUGGUGUUGGCAUUAA